AUGCCUCUAUACGUGAUAUACAAUCCAGUUUGCGGGAACAAAUCCGCUCCAGCGCUGUUUCGCGAUCAUGUCCUGCCAUAUCUAAAGAGGCGGGGAAAGGCUAUCGAGUGUGUUGUGGAGACGGAGAGGGAGGGACAUGCGGGGGAGGUUGUCGCUGGGCUUUUGAAGAAGUGGGAUAUAGACUGUGAUUCAACUGGUGAAAGUAGAAAGGAACUCGAUGGUCCCGGGGGAGAAGGAAGGGAGGAGGAGAAGACCCUGGAUGUCAUCCUUGGAUCGGGGGAUGGGACGUUACAUGAAAUCGUGAACGCUUUGUUCGGUAGUCCGGAUGGUGGUCUAGCUCAAGAGUCGGGGGCAAAAGUGAAGAUUGUCCUUGUGCCCUGUGGGACGGCCAAUGCCUUGUAUUCGAGCUUGUACCCGCCUGGGCCAAAGGAUGAAGAGAAUGCCGGUGGAAAUGUCACGGAGAGUGUGGGGUACAAGAUGAAAGCCGUGAAGGAGUACGCUGAAGGGAAUGGAGGAGAGGUACCGUUGUCAUUUGCUGUUACGACGUUGUUGGGUUCGGGCGGUAAUUCGGACGGAAGGAAGAGGCUCGUGUCGAGCGUGGUCACGUCUACUUCACUCCAUGCUGCUAUCUUAAGGGAUUCGGAAAGGCUGAGGGAGGAGUAUCCGGGUAUUGAGAGGUUCAAGAUUGCAGCUCAGGAGAAUAGCGACAAGUGGUACAACGCCCGGGUUGAAUUACUACCUCUGCAGGAUGGGAGUCCUCCGACAGUGUAUGAUCCUGCGAGCAGCGAGUUUCGGGCUCUCCAGCCUCAGCCUCAGUCUGACGUUUGGUAUAUGGACGGACCAUUCGCGUAUUUCCUCUCCACCGUCAAUGUGGAUCGAUUGGAACUGGAGUUUAAUAUUACAGCGUUAGCGAGGAGGAUCCGCCCUCCGCCUGGAAGUUGUGAUAUUGUCAUCGUUAGGCCACUUAGGGACCCAAGUUUAGCGAACGAAGGGGAAGAGGCGAGGAAGGCGUUUGUACCCAAGCUUUGGACCGUACUCGGCGGAGCGUAUCAGGGAGGGAAGCAUGUCUCUUUGAGGUAUGGGGCGAAUGGGGAAGUCGGAGAGGAGGGAGGGGAGGUGGUUGCAGAGUAUGUGAGGUGUGGUGGAUGGAGGUGGAUUCCAGACAAGGAUGAUGCGGGUGCUCAUUAUAUCUGUUCGGAUGGAAGCGUCGUGGAAUUAAAGAAAGGAGGAAUCGCGGAAUGUAGAGUCUCAACACAAGGACAGAAUUUGGUCGUCUGUGCUAGUGCAUGA